AUGACACUUUCAAACCUCCCAACCUCUGUGGGCAGGAUUCUAGCCGUCUCGAGGUCCUCCUCGAGUGCGCUCUUGACCUCCUCAAACUUCGACAUCCUACGCAACAUCAUCUUCCUCUUCUUCAUGCUCCGUUUGACUCGACGAUCCUUCUAUACCAUCCGUGGGCAUGGGGUCAUUGGUACUGUCUGUAAUCUCUACAAAAAAAUCGAGCUAUACGUCGUCUCGAUGGUUUUGCGCGCCCCCGGCGUCCGUGGCCAAGUCGACAAGCAAGUUUCAACUGCACUCACCAAACUCGAGGCAAAGCUCGCUCCCCAGGGACCUGGGAUUACCAAAUACAAUGCUCUUCCAAAGCAGGGAUGGACCUCUCAACAGAUCCAUGCUGAGCUAAACAAACUAGCAGGAAUGGAGCAUACUAGGUGGGAAGACGGACGGGUUAGCGGUGCUGUGUACCAUGGCGGCGAAGACUUGUUGGAGCUUCAAACAUGUGCUUGGGGACAGUUUGCCGUCGCUAAUCCCAUUCAUCCGGACGUUUUUCCUGGUGUCAGAAAAAUGGAGGCCGAAGUUGUCGCAAUGGUGCUUGCAUUGUUUAAUGCACCAGAGGGUGGUGCUGGCGUCACAACGAGUGGUGGAACAGAAUCCAUUCUUAUGGCUUGUUUAUCUGCUCGUCAGAAGGCCUUUACUGAGCGAGGCGUCACUGAACCUGAGAUGAUCAUUCCGAAUACUGCCCACGCCGCCUUUAAUAAGGCAGCGCAGUACUUCCGCAUUAAACUCCAUUCAGUUGCUUGCCCUGGCCCAAAUUUCACCGUUCAUAUCCCAUCUGUCCGCCGCUUGAUCAAUCCUAACACUAUUCUUUUGGUUGGAUCAGCACCUAACUUUCCUCAUGGAAUUGUUGAUGAUAUACCCGCACUGUCUCGCCUGGCCGUCUCAUAUAAGAUACCCUUGCAUGUUGACUGCUGUCUAGGAUCAUUUGUGAUUGCAUUUUUGAAGAAAUCAGGCUUCCCUUCCCCAUAUGAAGAGCAGGGUGGGUUUGACUUCCGCCUUCCAGGAGUGACGAGUAUUAGUGUUGAUACACACAAAUAUGGUUUUGCUCCAAAGGGAAACUCUGUGGUGUUGUAUCGCAACCGAACUUUGCGGAGUUAUCAAUAUUUCAUCCUUCCAGAAUGGUCUGGUGGCGUUUAUGCAUCUCCAUCUAUUGCAGGAUCGCGUCCGGGUGCGUUGAUCGCCGGCUGCUGGACGAGUUUGAUGGCCAUAGGUGAAUCGGGUUACAAAGAAAGCUGCCUACAGAUUGUUGGUGCUGCUAAGAAGUUCGAACGAUCGCUUCGCGAAGACCCUGUUUUCUCACGCGAACUCAAGGUCAUCGGCCAGCCGAUGGUUAGUGUGGUUAGCUUUGCAACUGCCACAACGGAAAUUGAUAUUUAUGAUAUCGCGGAUGCUAUGUCAGCUAAAGGAUGGCAUCUUAAUGCUCUUCAGAACCCUGCCGCUAUGCAUGUCGCGUUCACCCUGCCCACGGCUAAUGCUAUUGAUCAGCUUACCGCUGAUCUACUUGGACUUGUUACUGCUCAGCGUGAAAAGAUCAACGAGCGGAAACGCUUGGGCCAGAAGAUAGAAAAGGUGCGGGGCGAUACCUCCGCUCUAUAUGGUGUUGCGGGAAGCAUCCCGGAUAAGAGCAUCGUGAGCCGUCUUGCAGAGGGCUUCCUGGAUACACUCUACCACACCUAA